CUAUAUACAAACUUGCACUUCGAUUUUUGUAGUGUUGUAAUAAACAUGGCAGAUCCUCUUGCGUAGUAGCGACUGCUGCAAAUUUUUAUUUCGCGUGCAAUAAUAACUUAAUAGACAUUAAAGAUUCGACAAUUUAGUGCGAAUUAUUUAAUAUGAGUGUCGACGCAUACGGGCCUAGUUCUCAGACUUUAACAUUUCUUGAUCCAGAUGAAGGAAACGAUCUGUUAGGAGCAGAUACCCAAGGGUCGGACUUCGAAUUUACAGACUUUUCCUUAGCAUCUCAAACACAAGCAUCACAAAUUGACCAAAAUCAAAGUCAAGCAUCAAGAAGUCAGUUGAAUGGCCCAGAUUUAUCACUUACAAAUGGCUUAGACCGUGAUGUUUGUUCUACUACUCAGACAAUAGGAGAGUUGAAUUUUCAAGAAGAUGAAGAAGAUCAAUAUUACACUAAAGAUUUACCUGAACAUGCUUGCAAGUAUUGUGGAAUUCAUGAUCCCAGUUGUGUUGUGCAGUGCAAUGUUUGCAAGAGAUGGUUUUGUAAUGGACGAGGUAAUACUUCAGGGAGUCACAUAAUAAACCAUCUUGUUCGUGCAAAACACAAAGAAGUUACUCUUCAUAAGGAUGGCCCCCUUGGUGAAACUAUCCUAGAGUGCUACAGCUGUGGUUGUAGAAAUGUAUUUGUCCUCGGGUUUAUUCCCGCCAAAGCAGAUUCUGUUGUAGUUUUACUUUGCAGACAACCCUGUGCAGCGCAAAGCAGUUUAAAAGAUAUGAAUUGGGAUCCUGACCAGUGGAAACCACUUAUAAGUGAUCGCAGUUUCUUAGCAUGGUUAGUAAAAGUACCACAGGAACAAGAACAGUUACGUGCAAGGCAGGUUAGUGCAGCACAAAUUAAUAAGCUGGAAGAGUUGUGGAAGGAUAAUGUGGACGCCUCUUUUGAGGAUCUUGAAAAGCCUGGAGUUGAUGAGGAACCACAACAAGUACUUUUAAGGUAUGAAGAUGGGUACCAAUACCAGAAUAUAUUUGGACCUUUAGUGAAAAUGGAAGCAGAUUAUGAUAAGAAAUUGAAAGAAUCUCAAACCCAAGAUAAUAUUGAAGUCCGAUGGGAUAUUGGUCUUAAUAAAAAAAUAAUAAGCUAUUUCACUAUUGCUAAGUCAGAUACAGAUAUGCGCCUGAUGCACGGAGAUGAACUGAGACUUCGUUAUCUCGGAGAACUUCACAAGCCAUGGUCUGGCGUUGGACAUGUUAUUAAGAUUCCAGACAACUACAGUGAAGAAGUUGGAAUAGAAAUGAAAACCAAUUUAGGUGUACCAUCUGAGUGCACUUCUAACUUUGUGGUGGAUUUCGUUUGGAAAUCAACUUCCUUUGACAGAAUGCAGGCAGCUUUGAGGAAAUUUGCUGUUGAUGAAACUAGUGUCUCUGCUUAUAUCUAUCACAAGCUGUUGGGUCAUGAAGUGGAAGACGUGACCAUGAGAAAUCAAUUGCCAAAACAUUUCUCUGCUCCAAAUCUUCCAGAACUCAAUCGAUCUCAAGUCUAUGCUGUAAAGCAUGCCAUGCAAAGACCCUUGUCUUUGAUUCAGGGUCCUCCAGGAACUGGCAAAACGGUUACUUCAGCUACUAUAGUUUACCACCUGGUUCGCCAAAAUAAUGGACCUGUUUUAGUGUGUGCUCCAAGUAAUAUUGCUGUUGAUCAGCUAACAGAAAAAAUCCAUAGGACUGGUUUAAAGGUUGUUCGGUUAUGUGCCAAGAGUCGUGAAGCCAUUAAUUCUCCUGUAUCCUUUCUUGCCUUGCACAAUCAAAUCAGAAAUUUGGAAGGUCAUUCCGAAUUGCAUAAAUUACAACAACUCAAGGAUGAAACGGGUGAGCUAUCCUCUGCUGAUGAGAAACGAUAUAGGAUGUUGAAGAAAGCCUGCGAAAAAGAACUUUUAGAGGCUGCUGAUGUGAUAUGCUGCACGUGUGUCGGAGCAGGUGACCCUAGACUUGCCAGGUUCAAGUUUUAUUCCAUAUUAAUAGAUGAAAGCAUGCAAGCUACUGAACCUGAAUGUAUGGUGCCUGUUGUUUUAGGUGCCAAACAGCUGAUACUAGUGGGUGAUCAUUGUCAGCUGGGACCUGUUGUCAUGUGUAAAAAAGCUGCAAGAGCUGGUCUCUCACAAUCCUUGUUUGAGAGAUUGGUUGUUCUGGGAAUAAGGCCUCUGAGGCUGGAGGUGCAAUACAGAAUGCAUCCUCAACUUAGCAAGUUUCCAUCCAACUUUUUCUAUGAAGGUUCUCUUCAAAAUGGAGUUUAUGCAGAGGAGAGAAAAAUGAAAGGUGUUGAUUUCCCGUGGCCGCAGCCGGAUAAACCCAUGUUUUUCUAUGCCUGCCAAGGUCAAGAAGAAAUUGCGGGCUCUGGCACAUCUUAUCUUAAUAGAACUGAAGCCGCUUUGGUGGAAAGACUUACGACAAGGUUCCUGAAAUGCAGUGUUAAACCAGAGCAAAUUGGUAUUAUCACACCAUAUGAAGGUCAAAGAGCAUAUUUAGUGCAAUAUAUGCAGUAUAAUGGUUCAUUACAUGCAAAACUGUAUCAGGACAUAGAAGUUGCGAGUGUGGACGCGUUUCAAGGGAGAGAGAAAGAUUUAAUCAUUAUGUCAUGCGUACGUUCGAAUGAACAUCAGGGCAUUGGUUUCUUGAACGAUCCAAGGCGCUUGAACGUUGCUUUAACAAGAGCUAGGUAUGGAAUAAUUAUUGUUGGCAACCCUAAAGUUUUAUCCAAGCAAACUUUGUGGAAUCACUUAUUAACAUUUUACAAAGAAAACAAAGUUUUGGUUGAAGGGCCAUUAAAUAAUUUAAAGGAAAGCUUAAUACAGUUUAGCAAACCGAGGAAGCUUACCAACACAGUGAACCCGGGAUCCCAUUUCAUGAAUACUGCCAUGUACGAUGCAAGAGAAGCCAUGAUUCCAGGCAGUGUGUAUGAUAGAUCAUCUCACCUAAAUGGAGGUCCAGCAUUUUACAAUCGACCACACGAUCAACUCUCCUACAUUAGUCCAGAAAGAGCUCAGGGUACCGUUGCUAAUUUGCCUGUUCCUGUUGGGAUGUUCUUGAACAUGGCUCACAUUCCUCCACGUUUCUACAAUCAACAUCAACAAGCUCUUCAAGCUCGUCAAAACCAAAGGAAUCGUAAUGCCACAAGAAAAGGUGGAGGCAGACAAGCAAAUGGUAGAGCAGUCUCCAAUGGGCAACUUAACCUUUCCCAGACUGGAUUUAACAGCCAAGCUAGCCAAGACAUGAUGGGUGGAUUUUCUCAAGGUCCUCUUACGCAAGGACAGUUGAGCAUGAGUCAGAUGAGCCAGCCCAAUUAUCCAGGACUCUCUCAGCCUGGUUUAUCACAGCCAGAGUUGUCUCAGGACACCUACCUGGUGGAUGAUAUGCGUUCCCAGACAGAAGGGAUGCUCUCACAAGACUCUACAUACCAAGGAGAUAGGGCCUACUUUGCUGCAUCUCAAGGUGGCCAAUUCUCACAACCCUAUUGAAGUUCUACUAUGGGUCAACAGUUGAUCAGUGGGCUGGUUACAAAGCCACUGGUUUCCUAACACAGAAGCAGAAGAGUAGCGCUCAUACCUGCUACCAGAUGAAAAAUGAGAAAAAAAUAAAUAAAAAUAAAAUAAAAGCAUCCACUACUACCACAGAUAUGGAAAGGCGUUGAUGGUGGCCUCUUAAUUGAUAAAUGGUGUUGAUGUGUCCAGUAAAGAUUCUUGCCGGCUGCUGAAAUACGAUGCCCCCAAAGUGGGACAGAUGAUAGCCGCCUACGGUUCGCAAAGCUGACUGCUCCUGAAAGUUUUGAUUUACUACAACUGUACCAGUGCUGGCGUUUCUUGAGAUCUGGACAUUAUCACACAGCUUGUGGUCAUUGGCCUAAAAAUUAUCUUUGUUUGUUCAUCUCCUCAUCGAUGAUUUUUUUUGUGUACAUUUCUUGCUUUGUGUUUAGAGGAUUCCUUUUUGUCUUUGUGUCGUCCCCUUUCAAUUUUUUUUUUUUUUGAAUUUUAAAAGUAAAUUUUUUUUCUUCCCUUCAUUUAAUGUUUAUAGUUUUGGUACUCCGGUGUACGAUUUUGGUUUUUUUUUUUUUUGAAGUUUGUGAAAGGUAUAGGCAGGGACCACUGGGCACUAAACAAUAGGACUAUAUAUCUGUUCCGGCUAUUUUCAUAGCGGGGCAGAGAAAGUAGCUUAAGGGCAGUUUAUUGAAAUACAUUUUAAAUAACAAAAAAAAAUGAUCAUGCCUUUUAUGUGUAUUUAUAUAUGUGUAAAUGACAAACAAUAUAGCACCUCUGUUCAGUUUUUGAGUCGCUAUUGUGAAAUAUUUAAAUUAGUGGUAACAAUUUUUAAGUAAUGGCACUUACAGAAUAUUACAGCCCAUUCGUAGUUGAAGCUGUUUGCUUUAUUUUCUCAUGUUUAAAAAAUAUUUUAGCCUUAUAUUUUGUCAUAAAUUCAAAAUGCAAAAGUUACUGCAAAGAAGAUACCUUUAUAUUUCCUUGUUUUUGUAUUGCCAAAAAAAAAAAAAUGUUUUUUUUUAUUCUGCUUCUUUUUUACAGACUUAAAUACUGCACUCAGUGAGAGUUUCAAUUCGUGUGCUUCUGUUAUUAUCUUUAAUUUCAAUGCCACUAUAAAUUGUAAAAUAUUAAAGACUGUAAAUAUUUUAUUGAAGUUAAAAAAAAUAUUUUUAUAAUUUUUCUUUUUAUUAUUUUGAAAAAAAAAAUUAUUUUGUAUAAUGAUUUUCUUUUACCGAACUAAUAAUUAAAAAGAAUAGUUGGGAGUUCUGUUAAUAUGCUUCUAUUUCUAUUCUUUCUUAUUUUGUUUUCUAUAUGCAUAAAAGAAAUAGUAAAAAUGUAAAGGUUAUAAAUAUUUUAUAAAUUAUUGAAAUUUUAAAAAUAUUUUUAUAAUCCUUUGUCUUAAAAUAGUUUUACAAAUAACCUUUGAUUUUAUUGAAUUAUAAGAACAUAAAGUUUAUAAAAACAGUAAAAAAAAAAAAAAAAUUGGAUCAAGAUUAUAACAAUAUUUUGUAGUAUUUUAUUUAUUUUUUUGCUCAAAAUUGUUUUCUAUGAUUUAAUGGUUCUUUCCCAAACCUUUAUAAGUUGUCUUUCACAUAACUAAAGCAUAUUAAAAAUAUGAUAAUACUGAACUAAAUCUCUAUUUCUCCAAUAUAUUUUUCUAAUGUAUCCGCAUAAGAGUUAAAUUGCUUUUGAUAUAUUGCUGUUUGAGUUAAACAAAAAAAAAUUUUAAAUCCUAAUUGACCUUGUAUUUUUAACAUGUGCUGUCUAAAUUUGCCUUAUUUUAUGCUAAAUAAGUUUAUUUUCUUUCAGUUUUGUGAAAUUUUAAAUUAGUUUUCAUUUCCCCCCAUUUGUAAAAACAAAAGUGUAUGUUAUCGAAGCAUAGUUGUGCUGGUUUACCAAUCAUCUGUAUAAUAACUAAUUCAGAUUUGUUUUAUUAUUGUGAAACUGUUACUUGUUCCUAAAAUAAAUUACUUUAUUCGUCUGUUUUA